GUACGCACCCACACACACAGACACACACACAACUUCAGCCCUUAAACUUGAUGAAGUUUCCCUCUAAACUUUACAUUCGCUUUGGCUCAGCCUCCGCUCAUCAGCAUGGCUCCGGGCAGCAAGUGGUGGACUUUGUGCGUUGUUUCGCUCUCCUGCGUCGCUCCGUUUGGCUCUUGCACUUCACACCGAACAGCAGAUGGAGCACAACCCGAACUCUUCAUCUUCAACGAGCUCUGUGCCCUGAAGGACAACAAAGGGCCCUGCAAGGCCAUUAAGGACCGAUUCUUCUUUAACAUUGACACGGGACGCUGUGAGCAAUUUGAAUAUGGAGGCUGUGGGGGAAACGCAAACAAUUUCCUGACCUUGGAGGCAUGCGAAGAAAUGUGUGUUGUGUCUGCUGACAAGAACCCCUGUCAUUUAGCGGAGGCCCCUGGACCCUGUCGAGGCCUGGUGACGCGUUACUUCUUUGACAGCGAGAGUCAGGAGUGCAAGCAUUUCUUUUACGGCGGCUGCUUUGGCAAUGCCAACAAUUUCAGGAGCAUGGCAGAGUGCCAGGCGAAAUGCAUGAACCCAGUUAAAACCACCAAGGCACCAGAAGUUAUUAGUGCAGAGCCGACUAGAGAAUCCAACACACAGCCACUCAAAGUAACUGGGGAAGUUGCUAUAAGCCAACCUCAAGUGCAGCUGUACUCCCAUCAGCAGCCGACAGAUUUCAGGCCACCAGAGUUCUGCAUGACCCCUAUUGACAGGGGAACGUGUGACGGGGCAGAGAGGAGGUUUGCCUACAACCCCAACACCAAAAGGUGCCACAUGUUUCGCUACAGUGGCUGUGAAGGCAACAAGAACAACUUUACCCACAGGAGGCACUGCAUGAAGGUGUGCAUGAACAUCAGGAGUAAAGAUCAUGGCAUGAAGAUGAUCCGAAUAAGGAAGAAAAACAUCAACAAUAUCGCAUUUCACUCAGUCUGAACACUCAGCUUCGCAUUAGACCAUACAGUGCCUUGUUGUCACCUUUAUUUAUGUAAAUAUUUGUAACCUUUACAUAUCUAUUGUUUUGUAGUGCUGCAGUCCAUGUGUACACAUUACAUGAGAUAAAUCUGCAUUUUGCUGUGUUGUAGCCACACGCAAUGUGCCAUAUCUCUGCUGCAUUCUUUCAGUAUUUCAAGAAAUGUAAUGCAUGUCAUUUAGACAAAGAACAUAUUUGUUUGGCUUAGAUGCAUUCUAAAUAGCACUUCUGAACACUGAUGCUUUGCAUAUCACAGCUGUUGGGUUAAAAAAUAUAUAUAUAUACUGUUUCUGUAAAAAAUGUUUUCUACAAAUGAAUAAACUUGCUCAAAAUUA